AAAAUUUAUCUAAUAGAUAUUAAAGCUGUGUGUUAUUUUCUGGUAUUUUCUAAUUGUCAAGAGCUUUCUUCCUUAAGUUACCUCUAGUACUGGAAACAAACAGAAGGAAAAAUGGAUACCUCAUUUUGGUCAUCAGAAAUUAACAGUUUUCGACGAUUCACCCCCGAGUCCUUGGCAGCAAUUGAGGAAAGGAUUGCCAACAAAAAAAGGGAGAAAGUUGAAGUUAAAGAGAAGAAUAAGGACCAAGGAGCUGAAAUAAAACUUACUCCUCAACUUGACCUGAAAAUCUGCAAAACGUUGCCAUCUCUGUAUGGGGACAUUCCUGCAGAGCUAGUUGGGGAACCCCUGGAGGAUUUUGAUCCAUACUACAGUGAUCACAAGACUUUUAUGGUGCUAAAUAAAAGGAGGACUAUUUUCCGAUUUACUGCCACACCUGCCUUGUUUAUAUUUGGUCCUUUUAAUCCAGUCAGAAAAGCAGCAAUUAAAAUUCUGAUCCAUUCGUUGUUUCUUGGCAUUAUUACAUGCACUGUGUUACUCAACUGUAUGGCUAUGACUAUCCCUCACCUUCUUGUAGAAGCCUACUGGACUGAACAUGUUUUCUCUGCCAUAUAUACUGCUGAAAUACUGAUUAAAAUAGUAGCGAGAGGAUUUGUUUGGAAUGAAUUUACUUUUCUUCGAGAUCCGUGGAACUGCUUGGAUUUUUCUAUUAUUAUUGUAAUGUACAUUACUGCAUUCCAGAGUGUUGGCAAUGUUUCAGUUCUUCGAACUUUCAGAGUACUGAGGACUUUGAAAGCUAUUUCAGUAAUACCAGGUCUGAAAAUCAUUGUAAAUUCACUUGUUGAGUCUGUUAAGAAGCUUGUGGAUGUGUUGAUCCUGACUGUAUUUUGCUUGAGUGUAUUUGCCCUCAUAGGCCUCCAGCUUUUUAUGGGCAAUCUAAAAUCCAAAUGUGUCCUCAAUAAAACUCUGUACAAUGACUCGUUAUGUAAGGAUCCCAAGAUAUAUGUACCAAGUGAUGAAGGUAAAUGUUUUUUAUUUCUCCCUUAUAUAAUCUAGCUCUGCUACAGAUUGGAAGACUCUUCUGAAAUAUUGCUCUGUGGGUACAGUGUAGAACCCAAUAAAGAGUGUCCAGAAAACUACACCUGUGAGAAGAUUGGGAGCAAUCCUGACUUUGGUUAUACAAGUUUUGACCAUUUUGGCUGGGCCUUCCUCUCUGUGUUCCGUCUGAUGACCCAGGACUACUGGGAGCGUCUCUACAGACAAACCAUCCGUACAUCUGGAGUGUUCUGUCUUUUUUUUAUGGCAGUCAUCUUCUUCUGCUCAUUUUAUCUCUUCAAUCUGAUCUUGGCUGUGGUAACUAUGGCAUAUGAAGAGGAAAAUAGAGCUACUCAUGCUGAAACAGAGGCAAAGGAAAAGCUGCUUCAGGAUGCCAAACAAAUUAUAGAGAAGGAACAGAGGCAGAUCCUGCUGUCCUAUGAGGUGUCAAUGGAUGCUAUCAAUGAUCCUGUCCGAAGACAGAGGUUAAUGAGUGCAGCCACAAUUCUUACAGAUAAUUCAAGCAAAAAACUGAACUGUCCUACAUUUUGGAAAAAUUUCCCUCAAAAGUAUCUAAUUUGGAAUUGUUGUCCAUUCUGGAGAGCAGUCAAAGAGAAGAUGAAAUUGUUAAUUUUGAAUCCAUUUGUUGAUCUCUUAAUCAUGGUUUGCAUUAUCCUGAAUACCUUAUUCCUGGCUAUGGAGUACCCUGGCAUGGACCCACAUUACCAACAACUGAUUUCUCUAAGUGACCAGGUCUUCACCCUGAUUUUUACUAUAGAAAUGAUCUUGAAAAUCAUUGCUCUAGAUCCAUAUUACUAUUUCCAGCAAAAGUGGAAUGUUUUUGAUAGCGUGGUUGUUUUAAUUGGCCUAGCGAGCUUUGGAACAAAUCUGUCACCUUUCAGGCUGCUCAGGAUCUUCAAAUUGGCAAAGUCCUGGCCAGCCUUAAAUACUCUUAUGAAAAUAAUUCUACACUCAUUUGGUGCGCUCAGUAACCUCACUCUGGUUUUGGCAAUCACUGUAUUUAUUUUUGCUGUAGUAGGAGUGCAGAUUUUGGGUAGUGAUUAUGACACAAAAUCCUGUAAAAUAAGCCCCAGUGGCAAAUUACGCUGGCAUAUGAUAGAUUUUAGUCAUUCAGUCCUGAUUAUAUUCCGAAUAUUAUGUGGAGAAUGGAUUGAAACUAUGUGGGAAUGCAUGGAAGUGGCUGGAAAAAAGAAAUGUCUUGUCAUUUUCUUGCUCGUCCUGGUGCUAGGAAACCUGGUGGUGCUCAACCUGUUCAUUGCUUUGCUGCUGAGUUCGUUCAACGGCAGCCCAGAGGGAGAAGAGGAGCCUGGAGAAGGGACUAAAUACCAGGUUGCCAUUGCACAGAUUCAGAAGAGCCUGAAGGCUGUGAAAGACAGAAUUUGGGAUCACUGCUGCAAAAGAAUGAGAGGAAGCCUCAGAAGAACAGACAAAAAGAAGACUUUGGCAGAAGUUUCUGGGAAAAGCACAGAGGUUACUGAUUAUGCUAUGACAGAUAUCAGAAAGCAGAUAGACAACAGCUGCUUUGACAUAGAGCGUUGCCACAUGGAAGAGAGCUCCUCACUAGCAAGGAAAUAUGAAGAAAUUUUGACCAGCCACAGUACCUGUGUUAGCAUUACAGCAGCAGAGGCUUACACCAACAAAGGUGAUGAUAGGCACAUUUUGCACACAGCUGUAGAAUACAGAAAACAGAAAUACCAUGCUGUUCGUAGCUUUUCUGAAGCCAGCACUGUGGAUCCAGUUGCUCUUCUGGAGAUAUUGUCCCAGACUAAAAACUCAGAGCUGCCUAAGGACUGCUUUGUAGAAUGUUGUGUUGAGUGUUUCCCAUGUUGUGUAGUGGAUAUCACAAAGUUUCCAGGCAGAAUCUGGUGGAACUUUAGAAAAACCUGCUACAGAAUUGUUAACCAUAGCGGGUUUGAAUAUUUUAUGGUUUUUAUGAUUGUAUUGAGCAGUGCAGCACUGGCAUUUGAAGAUAUUCACCUGCAGAAGAGGCAAAAAGUGAAAAUUAUCCUAGAUUAUGCUGAUAAAAUAUUUACCUACACCUUUUUUAUGGAGAUGCUUCUGAAAUGGAUAGCUUUUGGUUUGCACAGUUAUUUCACAAAUUCUUGGUGUUUGCUUGACUUUAUCAUUGUGUGUGUAAGUAUUAUACUCAGCUUGUCAUACAUUUUAAUUUUUGCUUGUUCCUCUGGGACCAGCCUGAAAUCUCUCAGAACUUUAAGAGCACUGAGGCCUCUACGAGCUUUGUCAAGAUUUGAAGGGAUAAAGGUUGUUGUGAAUGCACUCUUUGGUGCCAUCCCCUCGAUCUUCAACGUUCUGCUCGUCUGUGUUGUCUUUUGGCUCCUCUUUAAUGUUCUAGGAGUCAAAUGGCUUGGAAGCAGAUUUUGGAAAUGCACACUCAAAAAAGGAAGUAUUGAUCUCAUUAAUGACAGAAAUGAUUGCAUUUCCCACAAUGGGACAUGGACAAAUAGUGCUGUAAAUUUUGACAAUGUUGGCAUGGGAUACUUGGCUCUUCUCCAAGUGGCAACUUUUAAAGGUUGGAUGGAUAUUAUGUAUGCAGCAGUGGAUUCACGUGAGAUCGAUCAACAGCCAAAAUUUGAAGCACGCUUACGCAUGUAUACGUUCUUUGUGGUUUUCAUUAUUUUUGGAUCUUUCUUCAUGCUGAACCUUUUCAUUGGAGUGGUUAUCAGCAAUUUUAACCAGCAAAGGAAAAAGAUAAGUGGGAAAGAUCUAUUUUUGACUGAGGAACAGAAAAAGUACUAUAAUGCUCUUAAAAAACUUGGAUCCAAGAAACCCCAAAAACCCAUCCCAAGACCAUCGAAUGCAUUCUUAGGAUGGCUGUUUGACAUCGUAUCUCACAAAGCUUUUGAAAUUACCAUUGUGAUUUUCAUCUUUCUAAACAUGAUUGUUAUGAUGGCAGAAAACAACCAGAAAGCCACCAAGGAUGUUCUUAACAAAAUCAACUAUUUUUUUGUGGCUGUAUUCACUGCAGAAUGUGUCAUGAAAAUACUGGCUUUAAGGCACUACUACUUUGGAAGCUGCUGGAACAUGUUUGAUUUCAGUGUUGUGGUCCUUUCAAUAGUGAGUCUUGGACUUUCUGAAGUAUUUAGAUCUUUUUUCUCCCCUACGGUUUUGAGAACUCUUCGUUUGGUGCGAAUUGGCCGAAUCCUGAGACUGGUUCACAAGGCCAAAAGAAUUCAUACUCUUCUUUUUGCAUUGCUGAUGUCUCUUCCUGCACUGGUCAACAUUGGCCUUUUGCUUUUCCUGAUUAUGUUCAUUUAUGCCAUCGUGGGCAUGGCAAACUUUGCCUGUCUCCGCUUGGAGGGUGGGAUUGAUGACAUUUUCAACUUCCAAACGUUUUGUGGUAGUAUUCUCUGCCUCUUCCAAAUUACCACAUCAGCUGGCUGGGAUAGUCUUCUGGCCCCUGUGCUAAAAGGACCUGAUACAUGUGCUCCCCAAUUAAAUGUAACAGGGACAGAGAAAAAUAAUUGCAUUCAUAAGGGCUUUGGUAUUUUAUAUUUUGUAAGCUAUGUCAUUAUAUCAUUUCUCAUUGUUAUAAAUAUGUACAUAGCUGUCAUUUUAGAGAACUUCAGUGUUGCCACUGAGGAAAGCACAGAUCCUCUUUGUGAGGAUGACUUUGAUAUGUUUUAUGAGACGUGGGGAAAGUUUGACCCUCUGGCAACACAGUUCAUAGAUUAUUCUGCUCUUUCAGACUUUGCAGAUGCACUGGCGUACCCCUUGCGCAUCCCCAAGCCUAAUAAAAUCCAGCUCAUAUCCAUGGACAUCCCUAUAGUUAGUGGAGAUAAAAUCCACUACUUGGAUAUCUUGCUGGCUUUCACUAAAAGAGUCUUGGGAGAAUCUGGAGAUUUGGAGAGUCUUGAAUUAAACAUGGAGGAAAAGAUUGCAGCUAGCAAUCCAUCUAAAAGUUGUUACAGCCCAAUUUCUUCGACUCUCAAAAGAAAACAAGAGGAAGUGUCAGCUCUUAUUAUUCAAAGGGCCUUCAGGAGGUAUUUGAGACAACGUUCUCUUGAAAAUAUAUCCUUAUACCAUUGUAAACAUAACAGUGUUGUCUUUGAACGAGAAAUACAGGACAAGUCAAGUCUUCUUGAAUCACUGCUUAAUGAAAAUCAUGGUAGGAAGAGAGAUAAAGUACGUCCUGCUUCUUCCAUAUCCCUCCCUUUAUUUUAUGAUGGCUUUGCUCAGGCAGACAGUGAUAAGCUUGACACAUGA